AUGCUACUCGCGCUGACUCUCAUUUUCACGCUCUCUAUCUCCACUGGCCAGGUGUCGCCGCUUACGUUCCAGAGCCUACCGCGGUCACUACACCGUAUGCCUUCAGUACGACUUCGCAUCCAGCUCACGGGAGAAAAUAUGCAAAUUCACGGCCAAUCUGUCUUCGACGUAUUCGCCAACCCAAUCUUAUCUGCUGCUGAAAACAGUCUGCACUACGACGGCUUCGCCCAUUUUAUCCAAGAAGACUAUCAGUUCACGUACGUAUUCGUAAACGGCAUUGGAUAUGUCGUCGAGAGCAAGGGAAAUGAGACCACAUCCGUCGCCUCACAAACCACUAGAUGCCUGUCGUCAAUUUCACCGUUCGACGACAUUAUCGCAGCACUUAACAACCUCACAGCCAUCUCGAGCGAGUCUGUCGGUGACGACAGCUUAGUCGAUUGCCCUAAUGGAGGGACAGUCGCAUUGUUGCACAUAUCUUUUUCAUGUCGACCUCCCAUUAGCCAAUUAAUAUCGAUCACAACCUGCAUUGCUGAGUGCGAUUCCUUCUCGCGUUUCUUUACCGACUUUCACUCAGUUGGGGUUUGA